UUUUGUUUUCUUUUUUUCCCGAUCUAAACCCUAGGUCUCGCGAAAUCGAGGAAACCCUAGCUUCGUUUGUAUUCUUCGGUUGCAAAAUUAGCGAGGGAAAGAUCCACGAAUUGAAGGGGUUUUGCUCGAGAACGAUCCUGUCGUAGGAGGCGAUUGAUUCCCCAUGGUUAUUGGGGUCUAUCUAUAGGCGAUCUGGUUUCGAGGGGCUAAUCCGAUCCAGGUUCGAUCUGUGUUCAUAUUUGUGCCAUGCGAUUGAUAUGAUGUUCGUAGAUCUGAAAUUAGGGUUUCGGUCAUUGCCCGAUGUAUGAUGGAUGAACGAUCUUUCGGGUUUUGGUUUUCCUCUUUUAGUUCGAGGAUUUGUAGAUGGAAGUUAGCAUUGAGAAGCCUAGUGCAUCUAAUAUCACUAGAAAAUCGAGAUCUCUGGAUCUCAAGAGCAUCUAUGUUAAGCAAUCUAGGGUUUCUGCAAGAAAAUCUUGGUCUCAGAAGGGCGUUGUUGGUGUGAGUCAGGAAUCCAAGUUAUUGAAGCGGAAACGCAAUUCGGGGCUUGAGAACAGAUUGUCCUUUAGGCGCAAAAGGACUAGAAAGGAUGCCUCUUUGAGUGCUUUCGAAUUCGGUUUUAGGAGGCUACGCAGCAGUUCAAAUGUCUCGACGCUGAAGCCAUGUGCCCCUGUUUCUUCUGCUGAAAAGAAGGAGAAUUCAAACGGUCUAACACGUUCUGCAUUCAAUUCGAGUAAUUUAGAUUGUCACGCUUCUAAUUUAGGCAGCGAUCCUUUACCCUUAUCGGAAAAGAAAAAUUUGACGGGUUCGUGUGACAAUACUGCAAUCCCCAAGCAGCCUCGAGACUUAUUGCUGCAAAAGAAAAGUGAAAAAUCUAAAAGGCGGAAGAGGUUGGCAGCUGACUUGCAUGGUAAGAGCAGCAAUGAAGCUCAAGCUCAAUAUAAUGAAGCAUCUAAUAAAAAUAAGCGGAAGAAGAAAUCUAAUGAAUUUCAGGUGAACAGUGUUAGUGGUGAUGAUCAAUUUAAUAAUCGAAACGGCAGUUCUUCUCGCGUUGCCAAUAAAAAGGUAAUUUCUAGAAAGAACCUACCUUUACCUAAUAAUGCUGGGACGUCUAAUGGAGAUCUUCAAGAGGACGAGGAGGAGAAUGUUGAACAGGAUGCAGCUAGAAUGCUUUGUUCUCUGGUUGAUCCAAAAGGUGCUGAAUGUAAAGAGGAUAAAGUGACAUCUCCGUCAAAACCAGUAAAUGGGUGUAAAGAGAGCAAAGGUUUACAUGCAGAAGUCGCCAAGGUGGAUAGUGUGGGCAGGGUGUUGCGCCCACGAAAGUUCUAUGGAAAGAGCUUUGUUAGAAAGCGGCGGCAUUUUUACGAGGUUUGCCUGAGAGAUUUGGAUCCCUUUUGCAUUGUGAAGCAUAGAAUUAGGGUUUUUUGGCCUCUAGAUGAAAGUUGGUACUUUGGCUUGGUUAAGGAGUACGACCCUGCAAGUCGGAUGCACUUUGUUAGAUAUGAUGAUCACGACGAAGAAUGGGUUGAUCUCCAAAAGGAGAGGUUUAAACUUUUGGCUUUUCCCAGUGAAAUUGGUAGCAAAUUAAAUGUUGAUACUUCAAGGUUAAAGGGAAAGCAGAAGUAUAGAGCAGAGGAGGCUAUGGAUGAUGAUAGUGCUGGGAGCUCUACAGAAUCAGAGCCCAUCAUCUCAUGGUUAGCUCAGCGAUCAAAAUCAUCUUCAGUUAGUAACGUUAAGAAACAAAAUCAUCUGUCUUUGGUUAGGGUUUUAAACCAAUCCAAUAUAGAACCAAAUAACUUAUUUUCUAGUUGUCGUGUGCCACAGAGCCUGGAUAGUUUUGGGGAUAGAAAGUUUCCUGUUGUUUAUUUCAGGAGACGAUUUCGCAACAGAAAAGAGGGUUCGUUAAAUGUUCCAGAGGAGCAUUCUUUUCGAAAGUCAAUAUGUCCUGUUGGGUUUUUUGCGUCUGCUCUGGAAGAAUUGACUGAAAUCACGACUUUAAUGGAACGGAGACAAAUAACAUUGAUGUUGAGCUCACCAUUGCAAUCUAUUAAUAAAGUUGUGUAUAAAGCUGAUAAUUUUUGGCUUUGCCGUGCCGUGUUUCUCCUUCAGCGUGGUAAACUGAUGAGUGGGUUCCCAUUGGUUUGUUUGGAAUUGAUUUUCGUUGACAAUGAUCUGGGUUUAAGAUAUCUUUCUCUUGAGCUAAGUUUAAGAAUGGCAGUAUCUCUUGUAUUUGUGCUUAUGAGAGCAUUUCACAAGCAUGAUGAACAGCACAGCUUCAAAGAGUUGGAAAUGCCAUUCACUUCAAUCAGGUUUAAGAUUUCUGGAAUGGAUGACAGAGUUGGUCAGGUUAGUUUUGUAUUGUUCAGCUUCUUUAGUAUGAAGGGUUUAAAUUGGAGAUAUGUGGAAGAGAAACUUGUGCACAACAGCAUGGAAAUGAAGGAGCUAGCUAAAGCUGACUGCACCUAUAUUAACAUCAAGAACCUCAGGAAUGAAAGAAAUCGGAAAAUUUUUACUUUUGCAGAUGCAAUUUUAGCUGAGUGCCUCUCUAAAGGGUAUAGCAAGGACCUUACACAUCACUUUCUUCGUGAAAAAUUACUUCAUACGAAUGCUAACCCUGCCAUUUAUUUCCUCAAUGAGAAGUAUGUAAGGCCUCCUCUAUGUCACUCUCCAUUCCAUGAUACGCCUUCCUUUUUACUUGGUUUGCAUCUCACGUCGCUGAUUGAAGAGUGUCCAAAUAAGAAUGACAAGCUAAGUUCUGAUAUGUCUUCUUCUGUUGAAGAUCCUCUCGACCAAGUUUCCUCAAUAACACUUGAGGCAGCUAACUACUCAUCAGUUGCAACUUCUGUCAAUUCUAAAACUAUAUUGUUUAGUGAGACUAAAUCACCUCGAGAUGCAUUCUCUACAAGCAAUGAUGAGCAUUGGAGGAAGUCCUCUACUGAACCCCUUGGCAAGGAGAUUAAUGUGAUUGAUAACUCUGUAAGCAACAUAAGCCUUUCCUCUCCUGACAAAUCCGAAUGUGGAGAUGACUUGCCUAUGAGUAAUCUCAAACUUCAAGAUCAAAUGCUUGAUCGACAAGACGAAAACUCAUUUAGCAAGUCCAAUUUGGUUUCAGAAAUGAAUGGAUUCACUAUUCCUAAUGCUAAGUUAACUGCUCCAAGAAGUAUAUGGCAUCGCAGCCGUCGCACUUCAAUUUCACGUACAUUUGGAGAUCGUUCAAAAUUGUGGGCAAGAGAUUUCAUGCGAGAUUUCUCGGUUUGUAAUUCCAAAAAACCCCGAACUGAGGUGUCAUACUCAUUUUCAAAAUCCCAAACCAAUCGCCAUAAAUCACGGCCAUAUAAGAUUGUCAGAACAAACAACUCAAAGGGGUUUUCUGGUUAUUCUGGAAGCCCUAAGAGCCACUUAGAUUCAUCUGUUUGUGAAGCUAAUGUCCUUGUCAUAACCAAGGAGAAAGGAUGGAGGGAAUGUGGGGCCCAGGUCAUACUUGACUUAAAUGAUCGGGACUGGAAAAUAGUUGUGAAAAUUUCAGGGGUUGUAAAGUAUAUUUACAAGGCGGAACAGUUCUUGCAGCCGGGGACCACCAACCGAUUCACUCGUGCUAUGAUGUGGAGAGGGGGAAAAGAUUGGUCCCUAGAAUUCGCUGAGAGAAGCCAGUGGGCUCUUUUCAAACAAAUGCAUGAAGAGUGCUAUAACAGAAAUGUUAGGGCUGCCUCUGUUAAAAAUAUUCCUACACCAGGUGUUUGCUUGAUUGCCGAGCAUGAUAGUGAAAAUGUUGAAUCUCCUUUUUCACGAAAUUCUUUGAAAUAUAUUAGACAUGCGGAGACAGGGGUUGACAUGGCACUAAAUCCAUCUCGUGUGAUAUAUGACAUGGAUAGUGAUGAUGAGGAGUGGGUAUUGAAUUUUGGACUUUGUUCGGGAGCUGAGCAAAAUAAUAUUUUUGAACUUAGUGAAGAUAUGUUUGAGAGGGUAAUUGACAAACUCGAGAAACUUGCAUAUACUCAUUGUUGUGAUGAGUUCACUUGUAACCAAUUGGAGGAACUCAUGACUGAUUUUGGACCACUGGAUGUCAUAAGAGAAAUCCACGAUUAUUGGCGGAGUAAGAGGCAAAAGAAAGGAAUGCCUUUAAUUCGGCAAUUUCAGCCCCCACUAUGGAAGCAUUAUGAACAGCAGCUAAAAGAGUGGGAAUCAGCUAAGAGCAAAUCGCACAGCUCGCCAGAUAGCUGCAAUGAUCAGAGCCAUUCGAUCAAGAAACCUCCCAUGUUCGCCUUUUGUUUGAGGCCUCGUGGCUUAGAAGUACCCAACAGAGCUUUAAAGCAGCAUUCCCAUAAGAAGCUUCUGUUCUCAGGUCACUACAAUGCUCUUGCAAGAGAGCAGGAUGGUUUAAAUCGAUUGGGUUGGAAAUUUGAAGAUCAUUCGGUGGUAGAUAAGGCUGUCCAAAGUUACGAAUCGUCAGAGUCAUUUAGUUCUGGUGAUGUUUCAGAGAGAUGCGUAACUCCGAAAUUUUUGCGAAGUAACUCGAAAAAGGCGGGAAUGUCCUCUCCCUGUUAUAGCAAUCAAAAGCCAAAAAGAAAUGGAGCAUAUGAACAGCCUAACUUGAAGCAAUCGCACUGUGAUGCUUUUCUGGGCCACAAAUCCGAUGUUGUUGAGCUUUGGUUGAGGGAUGCGUCGAGCGUGGCCCAGCAUACGGUAACUAUGGCGAAGCUUAAGAGAGAGAAAGCUCAGUGGCUUAUGCACAAGGCUGACCUGGCAAUCCAUAGGGCCACGGUCGCACUGAUUACUGCAGAGGCAAUUCGAUCAUCAGAACAAGAUUCAUCUGAAAGAGAUUUAACUGGUGAUGGUUAAGUAGGAACAGUCAGCCGCUUGUUCGGUAUGCUGUUCGUUUUUUUCUCUCCGUAUCUACCUAUACCUGCACAUAAGGUUGUCUUCCAGGAGGAUGUGUUUCGUCAUUAGUGAUGGAUUCCAAGUGAGCUAUUGACUAUGGAGUUGCGCACAGCCGGAGAUGCCAUUUUUGUUUGUUUUGCCCCAUUUGUUUUUUUUUUUUUUCGGCUUUUAUGCCCUAGCUUGUCUCCAUGAUAUAUGGAGUCUGCUGCUCCGCAGGAUGUAGUCUAGUGUUUUUUUUUCAUAAUUUUUCUUUUUUCAGAUCUUGUACAGGAAAAAAAUUCUAUACUUUUGCCACUAUCUUGUUUAUUUUCUCAAUGAUAGUUUUUUUUUCACCU